AUGAGCCAAGAACCGCUUUGUCUUGGUCCCCAGUCACAUGUGAAGGCUCGGGCGGCGGAGCCAGUGGAUGUGAGCGACGUGGACUCGGUUGAGCUCGGCUUCGAGGCUCCAGUGCCCGCCUCGGCGAGGGGGCAGGAGGAGCACCUUUCUGACAACUGUAAUAAUGCAGGGAGGGAAGCUUGCAGGUUAAGAAAAAGUAUGGGUGUUAUUCCUCGGGCACCGCGACGUAAUUUACACUCGAUUUGUAGUCACCAACCACCAGCUAGGCCUUCCAAGAAGGACAGGCGCGGAUUUUUUUAUUUCUCUCGCGGCCUUUCUUCAGAACCCGUGGAGCUGCAGAUUGAGGGACUGUCCCCAUUUGUUGCUCAGGCCAUGUUGUACAUGUGGUAUGCAGUGAUCAUUGCGGCCACGGUUCUGCAGAGUAUGGACUUCGCUGCCUGGGGUGUGAUGAACAUAUGUGGCGAGGAGGUGAGUGAUUUACGCCACUACGAUAAAUGGAGCAGUCCGUGCGUAACAAGUACACUAGAAAACGCCAAGGAUGAGUUGUACACUAUUCGCUGGGAAGAAGGGCCAUACGGCGGACUUUUUAAGGAUUUGUCAGUGCGCUUUCCGAGGGUGGUUCUUAGCCUGGCCUUUGCGGGUGACCGGGAGAAGGGUGCAGAGUCAGUGCAUACAUACAAGAUAGAGGCGGUUAUUUCUCAUAUUGUGGAGACAAAUUACAUUUCCACGUUUUGGUGUACUGUCACGUGUGCCCAAAAUUCAUCCCGCUGCGACUACCUUGAGCUUCCCGCGCAGGCCGUCUUAAAUGACACCUCAAAUGGGAAAAAAUCACUCACACUUCGUGGGGUCCCGGCUCCGCUUGCCCGCGUCAUCGCCAAUUCCUCCGUUGGAAUUGUGUUUCAGAGGUAUGCCUACUCCCUGGGUGCAUUUAUCUGGCGGUAUGUCUUUUUGCUGCUCUCCUUCUUACAUUUGCUGCGCUUUAUUGUGUACAAAAAAUUUACAAGUACAUUGCAUGAACAGAGCUGGGUGGUGGUUCUGCAGCUUGCACUUUUUUGGUAUUUAAAUCCUUUACACGCGUUGGACUAUUCCAAAGGACGACCGUCUUUGGUGCUCCACUUUUUGGAGUCGCACUUCCCCACGUGGUUUGUAGCGGUGUGCGUGGGGUUUAUGCUUUCUGCUAUCACAGCAACGAUGCCAUGGACGCCGCCAGCGUACGGGCAGCAGCCUGUGAUGUAUAACCUCUUGACUAUGAGCGGUAUUAAGGGAUAUUUUCGCCACAGUGCCAGCGUGUACGACCCACCAUUGUGGACAAAGUAUUUGGUGGUGGCAUACGUUCUUCUUGUUGUCGCCUUGGAUAUCGUUGGAGAGUCGUUGCAUGCCGCAGGGUCGUUAGAAACCUGGGGAGAGCCCGAAUCCUCUAUCCACUACGUCUUGGCAGCCCUUAUCCUGCUAGGGUGCAUUAUUUGUUGCAUUCUGCUUGUCCACGUGCACCGCAACAUGGGCGCAAAGUCGUAUUUGGACUCACGACCGCAGCAAUUGGCCGCUCGUUUUUUGAUUUUAAUCUUUGUGACAUCGCUGCUUUACUUCAUAUUUCAUGUUAUUAUGUUUUGCCUGCGCUACCGCAGCAUUCCUGGCAUGACGAUGAUACAGCCCAUGAUUCAGCUCCCGGCUCUCAUGGUGUCCAGCUUCCUAGUAAACAUCAUGACACUCAUAUAUACCACCCGUAAACGUGGCGAUCUGGUGCCGAUUCAUCCACGCGAUGAACGCUGGAAGCUGAUGGUGUGGCCCGACACGUGGUACCGUUGGCUUUCCCGCCACGGUGGGAGUAUGUACAUCUUCCAUACAGAGGAGGAGGAGCUGACUUUUAACUGGAAUCAGAUCGGCUACCGCGUACGGCAACAAAGGGCGAAGGCUAUAAAACGGAAGGGACGGAAGGGCGGGUCGUGUAUCUUUGGGCGUGCCCGAUCACGAGUGCUGGCGCAACGUUUCCAUAAUGCACGCACCGACGAUGAACAACCUUCGGAAGUACCAGAAACAUGCAGCGUUCAGGGGGACUCCCCCCCUGUGUUUGUGUCUCCCCCCACAGAGUCACACGAUGGCCCUGCGAUUCUCAACAUGGACCGCACCUCCACCUGGUUUCUUCCGGCCCGGGCUUCUCAUACUUUCCCCUUAACGAUGCAACAUGGUCUUCACGGCAGUAUGCCUCCCGUAGAACGAAAAGAACAUGAACACAUUGAUGAGUGUGACGAAUCACGAAUAGAACGGCAGGCCACCAAAGCUGUUUACCCGUCCGAGUCAGAUGAGCGGCGGUGCCGGCCGUCGCAGCAAGUACCGGAUCUAUCAGCUUUUCCUUCUGUAUGCGAGCCCAGGGAAGUACAUUUUGAGGUUGCGGAUAAAUUACCACUGGAUCAACGGCAUUGCCGCCUCUACUCAGGAGUUGCAACGGAGCGCAGUAACACGGUGGCACACGAGGAGGCUGAUGACGUUGAGGAGGAGGAGGAAGAGGAAGAGGAGGUUAACAUUUUGCAGAAUGUGGCGGCGCGCACCUUUGGCCGAGCGCGGGAAAGGAUGGACUUCCUCAUACGGGGUGCAGAGCGGACCUUUAUUUCGUGGCCACUUAAUGCCUUUGAGCACUUGGAGACGUUUAUCCUGGACGCCGCCGCGCGAACCUUUCAGGAUGUGGAGUACCUCCCUUUUUUUAAUCUCGAGACGGCGAUCAGCUGCUUUAACCUGUCCUGGGAGGCGUACGGAACCUCGCAUCGAGGGGAGAAGAGGGUUGAGCGAUGGAAACCGUUUUCCCUGACGCGUUUGUGUUGCGGCUGCUGCUGUUCCUCCUCUGCCUGCGUGAAGGAUGAGGUGCGGGUGCCCGUUGCGAAUUCAGCAGCACUGACUGUGGCAGCAGGGAACGAAACACCGCUCCGUGAGGAUGAGAGUGGGAACAGAAUAGCCGAGCAUUUUGCGGAGCCGGGGCAGGGGAGUCUCAACGCUCCACCCCCCAUUGAUGUGGAACGCUACGGCUACCGUCUUUGCGCCGUGUUGGAGGCCAUGGAUGUGCAGGUUGUUAUUUCGGCCCUAGACAACGCUGAUGCGAUUGCUGAGGGUAAGGCUCCACGUAUUGUAAUUGCCUUUCGAGGUACGAUGAGUAUGAGCAAUGCAUGGCAGGAUUUACGCUUUCGUCGUGUGGUGUGGGGUGAAAUGGUGGAAGGAGAACCAGGGCUGGUCCCAGACGUGUGCUGUGGAACGAGACCGACCGUGCAUGUGGGAUUCCUCUCCAUUUGGAACGCACACCGUGAACACGUCUGUGGGAAGUUAUGGGAAGAGCUUUUAGCCAACCCUUCCACAGUGUACCGUGUGUUUUGCACGGGGCACAGCUUGGGUGGCGCGCUUGCAACUCUAUGUGCAUACAGUCUGUGUCGACUAUUGCGCCAAAACAAUUACGCUCUUGCGGAAGUGACAGUUUACACCUAUGGGCAACCGCCAAUUGGCAAUAAGGCCUUUCAGACGGCCUACAACAAGGCCGUUCCACGCACUUUUCGUGUAGUGAAUGAGAGUGACGUGGUGGGAUCAAUCAGCAUGUACGGUUCGCAUGUUGGUAUUGAAGUGAACAUUGAUCGCCAUGGCAACUACAUCUGCAAGCCCACAUACAUGGAGCGACUGUUUCGUCCUAUGAAGGGAAAAGGGUUUGCUGUUGAAAACCACCUCAUGGAGAGUUACAGUGCCUCGUUGAAUGCGAUUGCAAAGGGCACGAGCUGCCCAUCCCUGGCCUACGCAGGAGAUGGCAGUGGCGAUAACGCUGUAAGUGUUGGGGCUGUUUCAGGGCAAAGGGAAAUGGACAUGCGGGUUGAAAAGUGUGCGUAG